AUGCUUCGUCGAUCUCUUGGAGUUACUUCCUCUUCUCUCUCUGCCGUGGCGGCGGCUACAGUUCAGAGUAUGCAAUCCUAUCGUAUUAUUCCGCAUAUGUAUAAUGAGAUUGAAGAACUCGCAGAGACGCAGAAGGCCGGACGUUGGCAGAUUUCACAUCGUAAUUGUUUACAACAGCCACUCAAAAAGGCAGAGAUUAUGUGUGAUAAACUCAAUUACCGUGAGAAACGCCGUAUGGGAGUAUUACCAGAAAAAUCUUUGGCUCGUCGUUUAAGCCAAACAUAUGCGGUAGAUGGUAAAGUAUAUGAGAGUAAAUACAAAACAAAGAUUAUAAAUAUUACAAUUGUUGGAUUUGAUGGUCAUCCCUAUCAUCUUCGUACCUAUCCAAUGCCAGAUGUUACUCUUAAUACUCUUAUUGAUGGAUCCGGUUUAUGUCAUGGCUUUGCCCAUUAUUGGGGAAAAUGCAACAACCCUGAUUGUUCCGAUUGGAAUCACGGUGAUGGUUGUCUUGUGAAUGUCGAUAUUGAAACGUUGGAUCGACUUCUCCCACCAAAUCGCUGGGAGUACACAUCUCUUGCGAACUGGCGAUCGAUGGAUCGGCCGGAUAUCACGUACAACACCCGCUUCAGCUGCCAGAUCCCAAUCACAGAGGAAUUGGAUGGGGGUUUAUUUGCAUUGAAACAAUACUGGACAAGAGCCCUGCGAGAGGCGGUGACGGAUUGGGGAUUGGUGGAUGAUAUCGGCGUCCUGCACGGGGCCAGGAGUAAAAAGAUUGAGCCGUGGGCACCCAUCAUUGAGGAACCAACAAAGGCAGACUUCCCGAUUACGCUGGAUAUGCUGUGGGCACAGAGUUAUCAGGAAAUCAUGCAAUUAAAAUAUCCAAAUAAAAAGAGGAAGGAUGGAUAUCACACCAAACCAGAAAUGUGGGCUGCGUACGUGUAA